GAUUGUCAAAACCUAUUUUCUCAAUAAAGUCCGCUGCUUCGCGAUCGCAUGCCAGUUCGAAGGAAAACACGAUGACUGCGUUCGUUUCGUAGAAAGGAAACGAGGCGCAAAGUGCCGCGCGUCCAUCCUCGAGGAGUGAGUGAGUGCGGAGAAAGGUGUUACUCGUCUUGUUUCGCUCGUCGCGUUUCACCCGUUCGACGAGUGACGUGCCUCGGGUCUCUUCGUCGUGGGCCGCUGGCGGUAGUGCGUGAUUCCUACGAUUCCACGACCGUCCUCGCCGUUGCUUUCGAAGCGAUCGACCGAUGCAUAGUACUUCGAUGGAGCUUAUCCGCGCGUGACAGCGACUUUCGGGAUACCCAGGCUCGACUCUUGCCAGAUAGCCCCAAUCUAGAUCCACCACGUGUAUAUUAAGUUUCGCAUUGUUCCCGGACAAAUUGUGUUCACGUUUCUCCUUGACGUGACGUGCGAGCACGGCAUUAAAAAGCGGCCAGAGAUUUUGGUAGCUGUCUACACACACAUCACCGUGGCAGCUUUUAUUUUCUUACAUAUGAUCAACAUGUUAGACACAUGACAUGAACUUCAUUCUAUGACAAGUACAUAAUAUCAUCCAAUGUUUAUGGGAAUUAUCUUCGCAUCACAUUUUACGAUUAAAAGAACUAUGCAAAAUUUUCUUACUACAUGCAAUAGUGAUUUAACGAGUAUUUAAUGUAACUUUGGACACCAGUUUUAUACUUUAUAAAUACGAUUAAGUAGAGUAUAUAUCAGCAUCGUAUUGUCUAUGUAUCGAGGACAAUAGAAUUUAAUACAAAAAAGGGCCAUAUAGAGAAAAUGAAUAGCAGGCUUGAGGAACAGGAGUCAAAAUGGACCUGUGAAUAUUGUACAUACGAGAAUUGGCCUUCGUCACUGAAAUGCACGAUGUGCAGAGGUGCCAAGCCUUUAUUAGGGGAGGAUAUUUAUCGCCUACGAGAUCCAAGCCCUCAGAGAUCCGGAUCGAACGUUGCGUCUGGCCCGGUAAAUCAUUUAAGUCCGACGGAUUCAUACAAUCUUAGCUCUCAGAACUAUAGUCAAAAUGUACCAUUGGGAAAAUGGUCCUGUACGAUGUGUACCUAUCUUAACUAUCAAAAUACCACACAUUGUGUUCAGUGUGGAAACAGAAAAUCUACGGGUCUCAAUCAAUCUAUACACUCUGUAGCCUCGAAUUUGCACGAACACCUAGCACCUCUUAGGCUAGGAGAUCCGCCGCCAAACUCAGGAUCUAAUCCGCCACCGAUAAACUUACACCCGGAAAGAUAUUACAAUUUACAAACUAAUUUACAUCCUGAGAAGUGGUCUUGUAUUGUAUGUACUUAUGAAAAUUGGCCAAAAGCCACGAAGUGUGUGAUGUGCGGUAAUCCUAAAGAAAAAGAUAGACGAGAGAAAACAACCAAUAAUGUGGGUGUUAUUUUACCAAGCCCAGAAAGAGAUCAUAGUCAACGUGGCUUGCCAUCUCCAGCCCAUGCACCGUACAUUCACCAAAACCAGAGGGACGAGAAUUUGGCUGUAGGACGAAGGAAUUCGAACAGAUAUCCUGAUAGCAGAAACGACAGUUUGUCGACUCCUCAGUCCCCUAAUAAUUGUGAUUACGAACGUAGACUAAAACAUUUACGACGUCAUACCGAUUGGUGCUGGUUAAACGCGUGUCUCGGUAUUGUGGAAGGUGACAAUGCUCCUGUCGAAGCAUAUUUGGCAAGUGGAGGUGAUCCUGCUCGUCAGUUGACGCAUUCGGAAGUUCUACUUCUAAAUAGAAGUAGCGCUUUUGAUGUUGGACAUACCUUAGUACAUUUAGCUAUUAGUUUUCAAAGGGAGGAUAUACUAGCAACGUUGUUAUCACAAAUUGAAGGUUCCGGGUCUGGAGUAAAGAGGGUACCCAGUUAUGUUGCACCUGAUUUGGCUGCUCAAAUACGCAGACACGUCACUAAUAGUAUCCGAUUGCGCAAGGGUUCUUUUCCAUGUUAUUUCGUCACUGACAUAGCUACGUUUGCCUUGCCUUCUGAGGUUGAAGACUUGCCAACUAUAGUGCAAGAGCAAAUGUUGGAAGAGUUAUUAGAUAAAGAGGCCCAGCAGCAACUGGAAGGCGGCGGUGGAGAACCGCCGGCGCUAAAUUGGUCUUUAGAAAUUACCGAACGUUUAGGAAGUCGCUUGCACGCGCUCUGGAACAGAUCUGCCGGAGAUUGUUUAUUGGAUUCUGUGAUGCAAGCUACAUGGGGUGUGUUUGAUCGAGAUAACGCUUUAAGGAGAGCCCUCGCCGAUUCUUUGCAACAGGCUGGUCAAUUCUUUUACCCUCGAUGGAGAGAGUACGAAGCUUCGCAAGCAUCCAGGAUGUUAGCUUUUACAUUGGAAGAAACGCAGUGGCAAGAAGAUUGGGAGAGCUUAUUAGCUACGGCCGCUCAACCGGGAAGUGCUUUGGAACAAUUACACGUGUUCGCGCUUGCUCAUAUAUUGAGACGACCUAUUAUCGUUUACGGUGUCAAGUACGUUAAAAGUUUUCGAGGAGAAGACAUCGGUUACGCGAGAUUCGAAGGUGUUUACCUUCCACUCUUAUGGGAACCCUCGUUUUGCAUUCGUUCGCCUAUUGCUUUGGGUUAUACACGUGGUCACUUCACAGCUUUAGUCCCGAUCGAACCGUACGCAUCGUCCAGAAUUCCACCCCUUUCGUCUCACGGCGGUGUAGGCUUGGGCAGCGGCAACGGUCCCCUUCAACAGCUGCAGACACAAAUGCAGACUACGUUCAUGCCGUUGAUGGAUCGAGAACAUAAACUUCUACCGAUACAUUUCCUGAGUCCAGAGGAAGUAGGCCGAGAGGAAGCUAUCUUGAAAGAAUGGCUCGAUGUGUGUAGAACCGAAGGUGGAAUUCUUGUUGCGCAACAAAAGUUACACAAAAGACCUUUACUGGUAGCACAAAUGUUGGAGGAAUGGUUAAAUCAUUAUCGAAGACUCGCUCAAACCAACAAUGCACCUUUUUUGAGACCAGCAAUUUUACAAGAUUACAGUAGCGACGGCGACACGGAAGACGAAUAACAAGGUGCGAUCGAUUGAGUUUGCAAAUUUAGCCGAGAAGACUUUUCUCCGUAAUUUCCCCGAGACAAAUUUUAACGAUAGAUCUCAAGGAUCUACGAUCGUUCGAACGCAACGGAAAAAGAAGUUAAAUGCACGCACUCAUUCAUUGCCAAUGUAAGCACGAUCUUUGUACAUUAACAUUGGUUGUUGAACUGUCGAAACAUUUUAAAUCUUAUCAAAUCAUGCUGUUUAAUUACACGGGAUUUUCAUCUUUACGAGAGUAGUUGCUGUAUCAUUUUAUUUGUUACUUAAUCACGGGGCUGCGCGAUAGGUAGUUCCAUUGCCAAAGUGCGAUUUCGGGUGUCAGACCAGUAAGUUAACAAAUUUCGUUUUGUUAUGGCUAAAAGCGCUUCGACUAGAUUUAGCUUUAUUCACAAUAAAUUGACGAUUACGCUGUAGAAAUGUUCACGAGACUAAUUAUCAAAGAAUAUGUAACAUUAAUUUUCACGAUAUGUUCACGACUAGAAAGUUAUUAAACAUUGUUAAACACACGGUACGGUUUUGUGUGUUGGACUCCAAAUUCGGAUUGAUGGUACUGGUGAAAAAAAGAGAAUUAUAUUUGGGCUGGAACUAAAACGAAUGCGUAUAUAAUGCGUUUUGUUUAUUAGGCAACAUGCGAUGCAAUUGUAGAACGAAGAAAUUAAGGAUAAAAGAAUUCUUGUUUUCUUUUAUUGUAAUUAGAAAAAAGAUAGUCUUCGUGAUGUAUGCGACUUGGAAGGUCUAUAAAAAGUUCGUUGAUCGUGCUUUUUGUCUGAUCAUGCGCGUGAAAGUAUUCAGAGAUUCUGGUACGGAUCAUGUGAUUUUUAAAGAUAAGUAAACCUAAGGGCCGGAAAACUGAAUUCUGUAAUCGUCCUUGGAUCACUUGUUAACUUUGAGCUGUGUUAAUAUAUUAGUGUAAAAGCGGGACUCAGCGAGGCCGAAUUACAACGACACUUUUCUCUGACCAGAAGCAGGGCGGAGCGUUGUGCGUUUUUUCUCCACGGUCGCUUACGAUGUGCGUAAAACAAUGUAAAUGUAAAUUGAAUACCAGUUAAGCUGUUCUUUUCUCUGUGGGAAGAAAGGAAGACGAAGAAACGAGGAGAGGGCGAGAGUAAAAGUAACGAGAGCGAUAACGUGCUCGCGGAUCAAACGUGUGCGUGACGUAACCACCGCGAACGUAGCAGUAAAAUAGAACUUUUAUAAAAAAAAGAAGACGAAAAGCGAAUAUGAGAAACAAGUAGGUUCUACUAUUUAAGCACCAAGAUGUACGCGUAUGCAGCUAAGUACUUGUAACGAUGAGGUAUUCGCGAAUGGACAAAGAUUAAAUGGUAACUAGGUCGGCCAAACAAUGAACCCUAAUCAAAAAAGUACAAAAAAUUGCAUGGGGGAAACGAUAAUGAUUUCUUUACGAGAGAGAACGUGUCAUUGAUUACACACGUGGUACCGCUUAAUGUUUAGUCUCUUCGUUUUUACUAAUUCUGAUGUAGCCUCUAGUCCUUUCUAGCACCGUCGUUUUUUCUAAUCACACGCGCGGCAUGUGAUGUAAUUACUGCGUGAUUAUCCAAAGGGUUCGACGAUGUUCGAAUAGAAGAAUGUUUCACAAGUCAAUUUCAAAAAUGGAAUAAAAAGAAAAGAAAACAAAUGUUUAAAGAUACAACGCCGUGUCGAUAGAGGAACGAUUUUAUUGCCACUGUUACAUCCGUACCUUUUUUUAUCGUUUUACUUUUCUUCCUUACGGUCUCAUUAUUAGCGUACAUUUUAAGUAUAACAUUGCCUGGUGGAGCGACGUUCUUCGAGACACGGUGUUAUACGCGGUGAAAAGUUAUUAACGAAAAAAAAAUGACGACGCUCUGGUGGUGUAUUUUCUUUCCCCUCGUUAAUGUGUAAGUGUUUCUCGCUCGUGUUGCCAGAAUUUACUCUCGGCAGGUGAUAAAAGAAGAAAAAAAAAUAUAAAGAUUUAAGAAUUUAAUUGAA